AUGGAGGAGGCGAGCGAUGCUGAGCUUGAAAGUAUUGAAAGUAGAGGAAAGGCAUUGAGUAUCGCGAAGGAGCCAUAUGAAUUUGCCAUGAGCGGCAACUGGGAAGGCCUAAAAAAAUUCUACAAGAAGGGUGAUAAGAAGACAGAGGAAAUAGUUGGCCAAUUGACAAUGAACAACGACACUGCACUUCACGUCGCAGCCUUCGCCGAGCCGAAAGUGCUUGAGUUUUUUAUUUCACUGAUAAAAGCAUAUCAUGAACCUAGCUUGUUAUGCCUUGCGUUGAACGGGCAGAACAACCAUGGCAACACCGUUUUUCAUGAGGUGGCUGCGUCUGGAAAUCUGAACGCAGCAAAGCACUUUUUGGAAUUGGAAAACAGAGUUGAGAGUGAGCCUGGAUAUCAACGUGUGCUAAAGAUUGAGAACAAGUUAGGAGAGACCCCACUCUACAGGGCAGCUGCUUUUGGUCAAACGAAGGUUGUCGAAUAUUUGGCUUCCAAAAUGGAGGAUAAGGAGCUGCACUUCAAACGAAAGAAAGAUGAAAUAUCCAUUCUUCAUAUUGCGGUCAUCGGCCAACAUUUUGGUCUCUCUCUCUCCCUCUCCAAAAUUUGA